AGUAUAGUACGGAUACCCCAAAAUACUGUUUAAGUAGUACUUUAAAGUAUUUUUACUUAAGUACUUUACACCACUAGUAGGCUGACCACUCCCUUUAAUCAGUGGAGGAAGUAAAAUACAAGACUGGUCUACCCUAAAUGUCCUUUUAUGAUUGAUUUCCUUAGUGAAAGCACUGUCUAUGUGCAUAACCCACACCUGGAUGGGAUGAAAGAUGACGUUCUCUACCACUUUAACCUGGGGACCUUCACACACAACCUAGCUGCCAUGUUUGGAGACGUCAAGGUAAGGUUACUGAUUGAUUCAUUAGGCUACUAGCUAGAUUGCAUCAGUAAAUGGACAUUCAUAACAUCCUAAUUCCUGCAUUCAGGAAAGCAGCCCUGUAUUUCUAUAGACUUUUUGUAUUCAACCCAGGACGUUAACAUUUACACCGUCUGCUCUUAUGUCCAUGUCUCAGUUUGUGUGUUGGGGGCAGUCCCUGGAGAAUGAAGUCCUUCAUAGAGUAUAUUGCUGGAGAGCUGAGUCUGGUGGACCCCAAGGCUGAGUACCCCAACAUCUGUGCAGGAACUGACCGCUACGCCAUGUACAAGAUUGGCCCCGUGCUCUCCGUCAGCCAUGGCAUGGGUAUCCCCUCCAUCGCCAUCAUGUUACACGAGCUCAUCAAGCUCCUCUACCAUGCUCGCUGCACUGAUGUUACCGUCGUACGCAUUGGGACCUCCGGUGGAUUAGGCCUUGAGCCUGGCACGGUUGUUGUCACCAAGCAGUCAGUAGACGCCACCUUCCUGCCCAGGUUGGAGCAGGUCAUCCUGGGGAAUACUGUGGUGCGCAGCACGGACCUGGACCAAGGGCUGGCUGAAGAGCUGCUGCAGUGCAGCAAGGACCUGGGUCAAUUUGAGACGGUGGUAGGAAACACCAUGUGCACCAUGGAUUUCUAUGAAGGUGUCAGUUGUUAUACGCUACUUCAGUAUUUUGCUUGUUGUCUGCGAUUCUGUCUUUUUCAAAUGUGUUUGCUGUGUUAGCAUGGUACCUGACCUGUUUUUGCUCCUGUCAACUCCAUUGCUGUCAUUGUAAAGCCAAACAUGUUAGGCAUGACAAUGAGUGAGUUGGCAUGACAAUGAGUGAGUUGGCAUGACAAUGAGUGAGUUGGCAUGACAAUGAGUGAGUUGGCAUGAUGGCACAAACAGACUGGCACUCAGGUUAUAUUGCUGUGCCCUACUAGUUACUGUGGGUAGCUAGCUGGUGUUUUGUGUGUCCAGGACAAGCGCGUCUGGAUGGGGCCUUCUGCUCCUACACAGAGAAGGAUAAACAGGACUACCUGACCAAGGCCUAUGAGUCUGGGGUUCGCAACAUCGAGAUGGACUCUUCCGUGUUUGCUGCCAUGUGUAAACUCAGCGGUCUAAAAGGUACACCGCUGGUGUAGUUGUAUCUAUCCA